AUGACAACUCAAGCGGCGGACUCGCAGAUUAAUCAUGCGGAUGCUAUCAAUUACUGGGAAGGCAUAGAAGCAAGUGAUGAUGGAAUGCUGGGCGGCUUUCCGUAUAUCAGUCGAGUGGAUAUACAGGGAUCAAAGAACUUCUUAGGGAAGCUGGGGGUAAAGGGUGCGAAAUUGGGGAGGGCGGUGGAUUGUGGGGCAGGAAUCGGUCGAAUUACAAAAGCAUUGCUUCUUAGUGUCGCUGACACAGUGGAUAUUGUGGAACCAGUAACGAAGUUCUCUUCCGCGCUUAUAGAUCAACCUGGAGUUGGCCAAAUAUACUCAGUUGGUCUGGAAGCGUGGACACCAGAUGCAGAAACCAAAUAUGACUUGAUCUGGAACCAAUGGUGUCUAGGACAUUUGACAGACUCUCAACUGGUGGAGUAUCUUCAGAAAUGUGGAAAGAUGCUAAAUGAAAAUGGUUGGAUCAUAGUGAAGGAAAACAUGAGCACGCAUGCUGGCAAUGAUAUGUUUGACGAGCUGGAUAGCAGCGUCACUAGGACUGAUGAGAAAUUCCGUGCACUCUUUGAGAAAGCUGGUCUGAAGCUAAUGAAGACGGAAUUGGCGAAAGGUUUCCCGAAGGGGCUGUAUCCUGUCAGGAUAUAUGCUUUGAAGCCAGAAUGA